GUUUGCCUCCCAGACAGAGCAUUGAGAGGCUGUAGGAUGGGCUGAAUGGGAUGGGGUAGGAUGGGCUGGGCUGGGCUUCUGCAAAUCACUCAGCAAAAAGCUGAUGGACCAGAUGUACUCAUUUUAUCCACUGACUCAGAUUGGAGCUCUGUGCUGAUCUAGGAGGAGAGGCUCUGCCCAUUAACUUCACACUGCAUUCAGCCAGGGGCAGGACUGCAGAGCCAGGCAGAGUGUUGGCUGAGGAUUACAGGAAUUGCAGACUCUGCACUCUGACUUUUCCUCUGUCUGUGUGUUACCAGCAGAAUGGAGACUAAUGACAAUUCAUCCAAAGAUAAAGCAGGUAAGUCUUCACUCCAUGAUAAGCAAUGCUCCAGGUGCAGUGUGAAUAUUGAUUGCAAAGCUGGCUGAGAUUUGUGGGUGCUGUGAUCCACAGUAUUUCCAGCUGCCCUACCAAAUGCUGCUUACAUGCUAUAUUUUCUAUGAAGUCAGUUUAUUCAGAAUUUACUAAAGAUGGAAAAAAAAAUCUGUAGACUGUUUGUCUGGCUGAGCAUACUGUGAGAUAGUUCAUAACAGAUUGAGUGGGACUUGCAUUACCCUUAGUUGUCCUCGUUAAAUAUAGUUUACACCUUCAAUAUCCUACUUUAUCAGAUAUCUCUGUCUCACUUUUCCUAGUAGAUGUUUGUGUGUAUCACAGAGCUCCACAAAAAUAAAACUCACAGUGAUAUGUAUGAGUUUAUCACAAAGCUUCACAGAGUUGCAACUUACUGUAAUGUGUAUGAGUGUAUCACAGAGCUCCACAGAAAUAAAACUCAUAGUGAUGUGCAGUGUGUAUGAGGGUAUCACAGAGCUCCACAUUAAUGUGCUGUAAACCAUAGCCAGUGUGUACAGAAAUUAGUUUGCAUAAAUAAAUGACAGAUUUAGUUUCAAGUGACUUCCCCAGUUACUUGGAUAUCAGUAGUUCAUGAAAUUCUCAAAAAUGUUUCAGUAACCACACCUCGUGAUCACGCCCCCAGUCACAUCCCACAAACACGUCUGGUUAUUUAAACUUUUGGGAGGUAUGCGGUUCUGGCUGUUUUUUUGCCUGCACUGGGCUUGCUAGGGCAGGCUUUAUAUGUCAGUGCUGCGAUGAGUUCUGGCAUAUUUUCUAAUUCCGUCCUGCUCAAUCAUACUGCAGCGGUGAUUUUAACCCUUGUAUCAGGUCAAAUCGCGAGAUCUCUAGUGCCCAAAAGGUAAAUCCCAAGAUGUUUUAAAACGACCGUUUCCAUGGUGCUUUGUCAUUCUAAAGACAUGCGAAGCAUCGUGGGAGUUGUAGUUCUACAACAUUUGGGGAUCUACCUAUUGGGCACACAUGCUGUAGAUGUAUUAUCAUGCCCAAGAUUCGCCAGUCUGUAGGAACGUGCGUCGGAUUUAUUUACUAAUCCGGAAAAAAAAAUUCCGUAACCCAGAUAUUUUUUCCUAAUAUUCUAAAUUCUCUUCUAAAUUCUUCACAAUUCCUGUUUUUGUGGAUAACCAUUUCCUAGUCUAAGUGGGCCAUGCAGCCGGUUUAACCCUUUUGAAGCAAGAGAACUGAAAUAAACCAUAAGUUUAUGAACAUUCUGGGUCCAGAGGGCCACGUUUUACGGCUGUUGUUUCCGAGGGGCAGACGGAAGGUAGACCCUGUUUCCUCCCCCCGCUAUUGUUCAGUCCUUCAAACUGCAAGUAGCAUGCAUGAAGUCUGUUCACCAUUCCGAGGGAUCUGUUAUUAAUUAUUAUUAAUUAGAGUGUUUAUGUAUAACGUGUCCUAAUGUUUCCAAGUAUUUAAAAGUUUUACCCAGAGAGUGUGGGAGAUUGCUGGUAUUACGCAGUGCGUUGGGGAGGGAUUUAGGACCAGUCUGAUUUUUUUCGGGCGAGUGUUUUAAGCUGCACAGUAAGUAGGUCACAAUCAUUCCUUGCAUACUCCCUGCAUGGAAUUAAUAACCCUACCGUUGCCAGGAUAGCUUCGCCAGAGACACAAGAGAAACUUACAAGUAUUUAUAUAGCGCCAACAUAUUCCGCAUCGCUGUAAACAAGACACACAUUUAAUUCUAACAAAACCUGUUUGACCUACGGGUCCAGUAGAUGAAGGGGGCCCUGCCCUAAUAAGCUUACAAUCAUCCUAAAGGGAGUGUCCAACGACUUUAUUUAAACAGAAUAGUGGACUGGGCACACAAAAGAUGUCCAAGGUAUUGAACAAGAAAAGGUGUAAGCUUGAGACACGCUCGUUCUGAGCUGAAACAUUGCCUUUUAUUCAAUAAAUCUGCCUUAAACUUUUUUUGGGUUUAUUGCAAAGACUGGCAGAACACGAGUAGGAAGAGGUGGGCUGGGGUCCCAGAGAUCCCAUGUUCCUUAUAAUGGCAAAUAAGGUGUAAAAAUGUCCUGAAAAGUGAUCUAAAGAUAUAAAAUUAGUCUUUUGGUUCCACUGGUUUCCAUGUUGACUGCACCCCUUUUAGUACUUUAGACCACUUUCCAGAACACUGCACAU